CAUUCGAUGAAUUCAGAACACGAUUCAGUUUGUAAACAAAAAUGUCAAGUUGGUCAAAUACUUCAAGUUCAAAAUUUUUUUUUAAAACAAAAUUUUGCUGGUGAACAACAACAACCGCGACGUCGUCGUCGAAAUCGGAAUCGAAAUCGACGUAACCGUAACCUUAGACAUCGAUAUAAUAAUAAUAAUGGCCGACCGGAAUCAUCUCCCUUGGUUGUUAUGGUCACUGACGUCAUCGAUUCGGAUGAUGAAAAUAGUGAUAAUGAACAAUUGACUCGAAUGUUUGGCCGUUUUGGUGCCAGUAAUCGUCGACGACAAACAUUCGAACAACAACAACAACUAGAUGAACGACAAAUGUUGGCCACCAACAAUGAGUUGCAUUCAUUUAGCCAAUCGAUUAUCGAUGAAAUCGAACGACAAUUGAAUGAAGAGUUUGACGAAAAGGAACUAUAUUAUAAUCGGUUAUAUAAGAUCAUGGAGGCCAUUUACGAAUUGAUUAUAUAUGGAUGUGGAUAUGGAUUCUUUCAUCAGCAAUUUAUUUAUUGGCCAUGUUGAUGAAUAGUUCUGCCCACUAUAUUUAGUAGC